GGCCGUCCGGUCCCUGAAAAGCGCGGACCAGGCGGACGCCACCCAGUCCAGAGCUUACUACCUACUUCCUUCUAGUUGCAGCCACUUGUUAGGACUCAGCUCCGCCAUGCCGAAGUGUCCCAAGUGCGACAAGGAGGUGUAUUUCGCUGAGCGAGUGACAUCACUAGGCAAGGACUGGCAUCGCCCCUGCCUCAAGUGUGAGAAAUGUGGAAAGACACUGACCUCUGGGAGCCAUGCCGAGCAUGAAGGCAAGCCCUACUGCAACCAUCCCUGCUACUCAGCCAUGUUUGGGCCCAAAGGCUUUGGGAGAGGUGGAGCUGAGAGCCACACUUUCAAGUAGAUCCAGGUUGUGGAAACCCUCCCUACCCGCCCAGGCACAUGCCAGGCCUUAACCUUGGACAGCAGGGGCUCUCGGUAGCCCUUCAUGCCCUUAAUAAACCUGAUCUUUUGGAA